GUCGACUUUUCAAACCAUUCAAAUUCCCUCCCCCACCUUCAACAUACACACAAACACCCCCACAAAUCCUUCUUUCUCUCUCCUCUUUCUCACUUGGUUUCAUUGCAAAUUUGCAAUCCAGAACACAAAAUUUGGAAAAAUGGGAAUUGGAACAACUUCAUAUGAAAAAAGUCGGGAAAAGAGAGUUGAAGAGAACAAGAAACGAUUGGAUGAUCUCAACCUCAUCCAUCUCUCUCAAGCUCUUAAAAACCUUUCCCCGAAACCCACUCCGAUGAAAAAGGCGAGCAAGCCUCGGAUUAUGGAUAAACAAAUUAUACAAGUGAGACGAUCUCCUCGAGUUGCAAACAAUCCUGCUCCUGUUUAUGCUGAAAUUUCAUUGCCUCGGUUUUCUUCACCCAGAAAGAAUUAUGGAGUAGUAAAAGCAAGAGAUUUCUCAAAUCGAGUGAUAGCAAGCGAUGAUGUGAGAGAAUACACAAUUGAAGAAGCAGAGAAGCUGAAUGCUAAGCUUGAAGAAGAGGGUUUUCCUACUCUUGUUAGACCCAUGCUUCCUUCACAUGUUACUGGUGGUUUUUGGCUGGGUUUGCCAAGCUGGUUUUGCAGGAAAAGCCUACCCAGAAAUGAUGGAAUGGUGAGAUUGGUGGAUGAAGAUGAGAUUGAGUAUCCAGUUGUAUAUCUAGCUCGAAAGUGUGGACUUAGUGGAGGUUGGAAGGGUUUUGCUGAAUGUCAUCAACUUGUUGAUGGUGAUGCUGUUGUUUUUCAAGUGCUUAGCCACUCAAUUAUAAAGGCUUAUAUUAUAAGGGGAAGUUCAUAUGAUUCUGGUACAGAUUAAGAAGAAGAAGAAGAAGAAGAAGAAGAAGAAGAAGAAGCUCUUCAAAUUCCAAAGUAGUAUAGGUAGGAAUGUAGGAUGUUUAAAUCACCAGCAACAGAUAUUGUGGGUGGAAAUGUCUUCAACUUCAUUUAUUUCUGGUGAUGAUUAAGGAAUUUUGUGUAGCUAUUUGCUCAAAUUAACAUAGGUCAUGUAAAAGUCAACAAAGGCCAAAUAUUAUCAAGUAAUUGCUAAUUGAUGUUUAAUUAUGGAAAACGAAUUGUGCAAAGGGUAUGUGUACUCCGUAGAUGAUUGGUGGCCUGUGUUGUCGCUGGAGUUAGAAAAUUUUGUAAUGCUUAGCUAAAUUUUGUAAUGUCUAACUAAGCUUGGCUAUUUCCCUUAUUCUGUUAUCUUAAUCAACGGCUAUAUCCACUGUGA